UGCAAGGGUAAAUCGAACCCUCAACACCUUUUCCUUCAUCACACAUCAUGAACUACGAAGAGGACAUCGAUAUCGCCUCCGAGGUCGAUCUGGUCGUUGGCGCUUACCCCGUCCAGGAUGAUGGCCUUGAUGAGGAACUCUUGGCUGCUGACCAGACCUCGCAGCAAUACCAGGAGGUUCAAAUUCCAGAAGUUGUCAAGAACUUUAUCGUGUUCUUCCACCGCAACGUUCUGGAGAACAACGUGUACGAGCUGCACUCGAUCUACGAGCACUCGUUCAACAAGUUGACCGAGAAGUUCUACGCUAAGGAGUCCUGGCCAGAGCCCGAGGCCAUUUCGCCUUUGGUCAACGAUGACCAGGUCUUCUUGACCUUGUACCGCGAGCUCUACUAUCGCCACAUUUACUCUCGCCUCAGCCCCACGAUCGAGCACCGUUUCCAUUCAUAUGAAAACUAUUGCGAUCUUUUUAAUUACAUCUUGAACUCUGAGGGACCCGUUGCGCUCGAGCUUCCAAACCAGUGGCUGUGGGAUAUCAUCGACGAAUUCAUCUACCAGUUCCAGUCGUUCUGCAACUACCGCAACCGCAUCAAGAACAAGACGGAUGAAGAGCUCGCCUUCCUUCGCGACAAUUCUCAGAUCUGGAGCUGCUACAGUGUGUUAAACGUUCUCUACUCGCUCAUCCAAAAGUCGCGCAUCACCGAACAGUUGUUAGUUUCGAAGAAUGGAGGCGAUAUGCAGGAAGCUGCUGGAGAGUACGGAUCUCGUCCCUUGUAUAAGAUGUUGGGAUACUUCAGUAUUGUCGGCUUGCUCCGCGUCCACUGCUUAUUGGGCGACUUUACCUUGGCUCUCAAGAUGAUGGACAACAUUGAGUUGAACAAGAAGCAGGCGCUUUUUGCCCGUGUUACCGCCUGCCACGUCACCACCUACUACUAUGUCGGCUUCGCCUACAUGAUGAUGCGCCGCUAUGCAGAUGCCAUCAAGGCCUUUUCUCACAUCCUUACCUUCAUCAACCGCACCAAGCAGUAUCACACCCGGUCAUACCAGCACGACCAAAUCAACAAGAAGGGCGACCAGAUGUACGCCCUUUUGACCAUGUGCGUGACCCUCUGUCCCACCCGCCUGGACGAGAAUAUUCACAGCCAGCUCAGAGAAAAGUACGCGGAGCAGUCCAACAAGCUGUCCAAGCCCGAGGAGGCAAUGCAAGUCUUUGAGGAGCUCUUCCUCUUUGCUUGUCCCAAGUUCAUCUCCCCCAACGGACCCAACCUGGACGACCCUGAGGUCAUGAACUUGACUCCCUUUGAGCCCGUUCAGCAUUACACCAAGGUUUUCUUGUCUGAGGUCCGCCACUCGAUCCUUUUGCCAACCCUCCGCUCGUACCUGAAGCUCUACACGACUAUGGGCAACGCCAAGCUGGCCUCGUUUUUGGAGAUUGACCCUGAGCAGCUUCGCACUUUGCUGAUGAUGUCGAAGAUCAGGAGUCGUCAGAUGAAGUGGGUCUCAGGCACACUUUUGGAGGGAGAGUAUCAGGGUACAUCGGACCUGGAUUUCUGCCUGAAGGAAGAUAUGAUUCACAUUUCAGAGUCGAAGGUCGGCCGUCGCUAUGGCGACUGGUUCUUGCGCAACAUCAACAAAUUCCAGGACAUCCUUGGUGGAUUGGAGCUGACCACCAAGGCUUGAGCAUUGCAGAUGAGUGGUUUUAGAGGAAUAAACGGUUUCUUUUUUGCUAAA